CUGUGUUCUUACUCUCUUAUUUAUCACACGAACACUUUACGCGUGGUGUCAAUUUGCAAAACAACAGUAAACAGGCCGAAUAGCUCAAAUAAGUAUGUUACCCCCACAGCAUGCUAGCCUGAUAGCCUCGCUAAACUCUGUCGUAUUGCUGAGCUAAUUUGUUUUUUCGAUUAUAAGCGCACAUAAAUCGUGUUGUGACACGACUAUUAUGUUUAAUAUAUGUAAUGAUAUUCCAUCCCGUUGUCAGAACCAGUCAGCCUAGUUAAAGGCCUAUUGGAAAAAGAUUUUCUUAUUUAAACGGGGAUAACAGGUCCAUUCUAUGUGUCAUACUUGAUCAUUUCGCCAUAUUGCCAUAUUUUUACUGAAAGGAUUUAGUAGAGAACAUUGACGAUAAAGUUUUCAACUUUUGGUCGCUAGUAAAAAAAAAACCUUGCUUGUACCAGAAGUAGCAGACGAUGUUCGCGUGAUGUCACAGGUUGUGGAGCUCCUCACAUUGUUUACAAUCAUGGCCACCAGCAGCUAGAGCGGUUUGGACCAAGAAAGCGAUAAUUUCCCCAUUAAUUUGAGCGAGGAUGAAUAUUCGUGGAUGAGGAUAGUGAGAGUGAAGGACUAGAAGAAAGAAAGAAAAAGACGAGGGCUGUGGGAGCGAUUCAGAUGUUAUUAGACACAUUACUAGGAUAAUUCUGGAAAAUCCCUUAUUUGCUUAUUGUGUUACUAGUGUUUUGGUGAGAUUAUAUAGUCAUACCUGAAAGACCUCCCGUGUCUCUGAGAGAAGCCACGGAGGAGGCAAGAAAGUCGCAGCUGCCUCUUUGACAGCUGCAGGAGGAACGACACGAGCUCCGCUCAUGUCUACGGUGGGAGCACGAUGGAGACGACUGGAAGUAAUUGAAGUGUGGAGAGGACACGCCAUGCCAGGUGUCUGAGCCAACAGUUCCUGGAUCAUAGCUGCCAUUAUGGUGACACUUAUCACAGAGCAGCUCCGAAAGCAAAGUUUGGAAGAGCCUUAUCACAAGGCUUUCAAUGGGAACGUGACGCUACCUGCACUCGGCUCCAGCCCCACUAUCUCCUGGAGAGCAUGCAAGUCCACCCAAGGCAAGUGCAGUGGAUUGAUCUGCUGCAUGUUGAGACCUUUCUCAUUUUGUCGUCUCUUGGCUUUUUCAGAGAGCAGCGUUCCUUCACAGCCACUAUUCAAAGCCAAACCUCUGGAUGCAACGUGUGGACUGGACUCCACGUGGCCUUGCCAAGUGGGAAAACCUCACCAUGGAGCUGAGGUUUCCAUUGCAAACAAGACUUUCCAGAGCUCUCCGCCUCCACCGCCUCCUAAACGCCACUGUCGCUCCCUCUCUGUACCAGAGGAUCUCUCCCGGUGCCGCUCCACAUGGCAUCCUAGUGCAUCCAAAGUCUGGACCCCAGUAGAACGUGCCAGUCAAAGCGUAGGAACAUCUAAUGUAGGCUCUGGAGACUGCUUGUUGCCUCUCUGUGGUCGCAGGACCUUCUCUAAGUCGUCCUCUUUACAUUCCUCCUCGAGCCCCACUUUCUUUAGCUUAGCACUGUCUGCAGACUCUCCACUGCCAUGGAGCUUCCCGUGGGACCCGUGUGAAUCACCAAAAACCGCUUGCUCUUCAUCACUGGCCACCACUUCCUCAUGCUCCUCGUCACCGACGCCCCUCUCGGGCCACUUGGUGCUGCACCGCCGCUACUCCCUCUCUCCUUUGCAAGUUUUGAAUACGUCCAUGUUGGCCCAGCACCCUCGGGCAGCACAUGCUGUGGGCAUGGAGGGCAUGGAGGGCCCUGCCUUGUCUCCUUCUCCCACCUCAGCCUGCAGCACGCCAUCCUCCUCUCGACGCGACCCGCACCCAGCACUGCCACGAUGCCACUCGCAGCCCUGCGACAUGCGCAAACCUCGUUUGAAGAGGCGCCAUGACCCAGAUGUGUUACCUGGCCCGAGGCCGGGGCUCGACUUCAGCAAGAUGACGCAGAUUGGCAACGGCGACGUAACGGUCGCUACGGCGCGGUCCCACGUGGAGAAGAACUCCGCCGUUUCGCCCGCCGAGUUCCUGGGCCGAGCGAGCAUCAGGCCGCUGAGCGAGAGUGAAGAGGACGAAGACGAUACAAUCAAAAGGACUUCGACAUCAGAGGCGCAAACGGUUUUUGAACGAGACUGCACAGAACUAGACUUGAACCUCAUAGAAGAGAACUAAUGUUUGAGGAGAGCACACUUAGCCAUGUUUUAAGCACACUCUUAGGAACCUGCUCAGGUUUAGGUCUAAUACUCCAGAUCUAAGCAGUUUGCAGCUAUGACAAACAAACCACUCAAGCUAUUUACUAGGGGUGUAACGCUACACAAACACUUCGGUUCGGUACGUACCUCGGUUCAGAGGUCACGGCUCGGUUCGUUUUCGGUACAGUAAGAAAACACAAAAUAUACAUUUGAUUAUUUAACAAAUUUGAUAAAUCUUCCACCUGAAAUAUUUUUCUUAGUGGAAUAUUUGAUGUGAAGUAAUCGGAAACUUGGAUAGGUCAAUAAUUCAUAAUAACAUUAGACUUAGACUUCCUUUUUAUUGUCAUUCAAAUUUAAACUUUACAGUACAAAUAAGAACGAAAUUUCGUUGCAUUAGCUCUUGGUAGUGCAGGAUAUAAAAAAAAAAAAAAGCAAUAAGGUGCAGAUAUAAAUAAAUAGAUUACUGUACUGAUAAAUACAUUGCACUUUUUCAUAUGCGUCCAUGUUUAUGGAUGUAUGUUAUAUUGUCUUUAAUUCCAGUGACUUAAUCCAUUUUGGGGGAGUUAAGGGGAUAAUUUAGUUAUGAUGCGUUCAAUAGUCUUACAGCCCGAGGGAAGAAGCUGUUACAGAACCUGGGAGUUCUGCUAUGGAGGCUGCGGAACCUCUUCCUAGAGUCCAGCAGUGAAAACAGUCCUUGGCGGGGGUGGGAGGAGUCUUUGCAGAUUUUCUGAGCCGUGGUCAGGCAGCGGCUUUUUGCGAUCUCCUGGAUAGGAGGAAGAGGAGUCCUGAUAAUCUUUUCCGUCGUCCUCACCACUCUCUGGAGAGACUUCCAGUCUGAGGAAUUGCAGGCUUCAGUCCAGACAGAGAUGCUGUUGGGCAGCAGGUUCUCUCAAGUUCCUCUGAAGAAUGUGGUCCUCUGUAGAAGUUUUGAGCAAUGACAGUUUCAAAGGAAAAAAAACAGCUUUGUUUUAUUAGUCAACGUUGCAACUUUUUCUAAAUUACAUUUAGCCUUUAAGCUUUUUUAUUUCACUUUUGUUUAUGUUUUGGUUUAUUUUAAUAGUAUUUUUUAGAAUGUGCCGUGGGCCUUUAAAACAUUAGUUGUGGGGCUGCAAAUGGCCUCCGGGGCACACUUUUGACACCCCUGCUAUAAAUAAAUAAAAAAUAAAAUCUGAUUAAUCAAUGGAUAAAAAGCAGAGCCUGGCGACGCAUGCGCGUUUAUCAUAACUCUCUCGCUCUCUCUCUCUGCCCCUCCCUCACCAAUGUUGCUGCGGCACCACUUUUUGUUUUGUUUUUCAACCCCUUGUUAACCCUGAACGUACAUUGAAAAUACACGCAACCCUAACUUAAAAUGACAUUCGAGGCAUUUAAGAAACUCCACCCGGACAGCCCCGCAAAUGAGGACAUGUCCAGUGACAAGAGGAGGUAUGGUCAGUCUAUAAUAGCCCGGUCACUGCUAGCAUGCCGUGUGUUGUUUUUUUUUGUUAAUUGAAACUUUUAUUAGUAGAUUGCACAGUACAGUACAUAUUCCGUACAAUUGACCACUAAAUGGUAACACCCCAAUAAGUUUUUCAACUUGUUUAAGUCGGGGCCCUCGGUGUGCUUUGUUUACACGACGUGCGACGUCCGUGUCGUUCGGUACACCUCCGAACCGAAGCGAAACCCCCGUACCGAAAGGGUUCAAUACAAAUACACGUACCGUUACACCCCUACUAUUUACUGUUCAAAAAGUCAGUGUUCUACAUAGUGCCUCCCUUAUCAACGCUCCAAAGUCAACCUGUCACCUCUUUUUGCAGAGUAUGAUGGGUUAUUGAUUUAUUUAGCAGCCAUAUGGAAUUAGCACCGGAGUCCUGACUUUAGAGAAGAAUGCAUUUUCCAGUCAUGCAGUCACUGAAACGGUGACAAAAACGUGCUGAUAGAAGUCAUAUCCACAAAUGAUUUUACGAUCGUCAUGUAGGUUUAGAUAAAACCUACUUUCAUGCGCACCUGAACAUUAGCCACCAAAUCUAACAUGAUCCAGUUUUUGUUUUUUUAAAACUGACGCUCAUUUUUUUGCGUUCUGACAAUGUUAAGUGUGUUAAGUGUUCUGGUUGUAGUGUCAUCCUGCACCUGCACAACCAAAACAAAUCAUACAAUACUUAUUUGCUGCAAUGCCUUCCCCCAAAAUAUAUAGUUUUUUUAUUUAGUGAGUGUACUUCAUGGUUUGGGUUAACCCACUCAUUGUAGAACAUGGAUACUUAAGUACACUAAUUCUCACCAGUAACAAGGAAGUUCAAACAGGCUCCUCCCCUUCUAACAAACACAUUCAGCAUAAUAAUAAUAAAUAAUGUUUACAUUCCAGGGUUCCUUAGUACUAAUCAGUGUGUGAUGCUUCAAAAUAUUCACACGUGGUUUUUAAACUUCUUCUCCAGAUUUUGGCGCGCUCUUCCUUCCACAUGUUUCACCCCAUUCGGGAAUUGCGGUCUUUCCCUUGACAGAUUCCAAAAAUUCCCAGAUUUCCAGGUUUUCUGGGAGAUUUUUUCCAAUUCAAAAUGAAUUGGCCCUUUUUCAACCUCUUCAUACCAUCUGACUUCCAACACAUUCCACCACCAUGGAAAUUCAAAUGAACCUUUUUCCAAGUCAGAAAAAAAUUCCAGGAUUUUCCAGAAUUCGUGCUUUUUCAAAGCCUUAGUUCCACCCUUUUUUCUGUCGACUACUCCUUCCACGCAUUUUAGCCGUCGAAUCAUUCCUCUUAAUUGGGGAGAAAAACAAAGUUCUUUUAACUGAAAAAAUUCCCCGUUUUCCCAAAAUUCAGCAAUGCCAUUUCUUAAUUCAACAUGUUGAUACUUCAACAUUUCUCAACAGAUUUUGAAAAAUUCCAACACCAACAAUUUCAACUCAUUCAGACCAUUCAAGUUUUUUUUUUUACCAUUUUCGAAAAAAGUCCCACUUUUCCUGAAAUUCCCACUUUUUCUGAAAUGGGACAUUAUUCACAUUUUUUCAAUCUGAUUCAAACUGUUUCAACUUCAAAAUAUUCAGCCUGUUCAGGAAUUUUGUGCUUUAUAACAAUUUUACAAAAAAAAAAAAAAUUCCCUAUAAUUCCUUUUUUUUCCCCCAUUUUCCCCAUUCAGAGAGAGUUGGCCAUUUUUCAAACUUCCCUAAUUCCCACUUUCUUCAACCGAUUCAAACCAUUCCACCUUCAACACAUCCAACUCAUCCUGGACAUUCAAUCCACCAUUUUUCCACAUUCUACACAUUUUUAGGAAUUCCCGUUUUUUGGUAACCUAUUUCCACCCUUUAUGUUCGACUACUUUUUUCAACCCAUUUCAACCUUUCCAUGGUCAAAACACUCCUCAUAUCCAAGACAAAAACAAAGUUGGUAAAGGAACUAGAAAAAUUCCUGGUUUUCCCGAAAUUCCAGGAAUUUCUCAUUUAAAAACUGUUACUAAUUCAACAUUUCUUGACCAAUUUAAACAAUUCCAACACCAACCAAUUCAGCUCAUUCAGUUCAUUCGUGUUCCUAAUGUAUUUUUUUUAAAUCCCGCUUUCCCCAAAUUUCCAGGAUGUUCCAUUUAAAUGAAUGAGACAUUUUUCCAAGUUGCACAAUUCCCAUUUUUCAACUUAUUCCAACAACACAAACUAACACUCUCCCAAGUUCCAAACCAAAUUCAGGUUUUCCUGGAAAUUCAAACUCUUCAUCAUUUAAAUCAGGGGUCAGCAACCUUUUUGAAACCAAGAGCUACUUCUUGGGUACUGAUUAAUGUGAAGGGCUCCCAGUUUGAUACACACUUAAAUAAAUUGCCAGAAAUAGCCAAUUUGCUCAAUUUACCUUUAAAAAAUGACAGAAAUACCCAUUUUAUGUAUAUAUAUAUAUAUAUAUAUAUAUAUAUAUAUAUAUAUACAAAAAAUGGGUAUUUCUGUCUGUCAUUCCAUCGUACAUUUUUUUUUCCUUUUUACGGAAGGUUUUUUGUAGAGAAUAAAUGAUGAAAAAAACACUUAAUUGAAUGGUUUAAAAGAGGAGAAAACAGGAAAAAAAAAAUCAAAAUUUCAUUUUGAAACAUAGUUUAUCUUCAAUUUCGACUCAUUAAAAUUCAAAAUUCAACCAAAAAAAGAAGAGGAAAAACUGGCUAAUUCAAAUAUUUUGGAAAAAAUUUAAAAAAAUAGUUUAUGGAACAUUAGUAAUUUUUCCUGAUUUUGGUUAAUUUUAGAAAUUUCGAUGACAUGCCCUAGUGUGUGAAUGUGAGUGUGAAUGUUGUCUGUCUAUCUGUGUUGGCCCUGCGAUGAGGUGGCGACUUGUCCAGGGUGUACCCCGCCUUCCGCCCGAUUGUAGCUGAGAUAGGCGCCAGCGCCCCCCGCGACCCCGAAAGGGAAUAAGUGGUAGAAAAUGGAUGGAUGGAUGGAUGGAUGUUUUAAUUUAAAUAGGUUAAAAUCCAAUCUGCACUUUGUUAGAAUAAACAAAUCAUUACGUCUUCUAAAUUUUCCAGAACAAAAAUUUAAAAAGAAAGUCAAAAGACUUUGAAAUAAAAUUUAAAUUUGAUUCUAAAGAUUUUCUAGAUUUGCCAGAAUAUUUUUGGGGAAUUUUAAUCAUAAGUUUGAAGAAAUAUUUCACAAAUAUUUUUUGUGUAAAAAAAGAAGCUAAAAUGAAGAAUUUAAUUAAAAUGUAUUUAUUAUUCUUUACAAUAAAAAAAUUACUUGAACAUUGAUUUAAAUUGUCAUGAAAGAAGAGGAAGGAAUUUAAAAGGUAAAAAGGUAUAUGUGUUUAAAAAUCCAAAAAUCAUUUUUAAAGUUGUAUUUUUUCUCUAAAAUUGUCUUUCUUAAAGUUAUAAGAAGUAAAGUAAAAACAAUUGAAUUUAUUUAAAGAAGUGAAGACCAAGUCUUUAAAAUAUUUUCUUGGAUUUUUAAAUUCUAUUUGAGUUUUGUCUCUCUUAGAAUGAAAAAUGUCGAGCAAAGCGAGACCAGCUUGCUAGUAAAUAAAUACAAUUCAAAAAAUAGAUGCAGCUCACUGGUAAGUGCUGCUAUUUGAGCUAUUUUUAGAACAGGCCAGCGGGCAACCCCUGAUUUAAACUAUUCUUACAUUUAUACUACGUUCUGUCAGCAUUUCAGUUCAACUUCAGCCUUGCAUUCACACGCAAUUCCUUCCGGAAUUGCUUCAUCGAGUUGAUAAUUGAGUUAGUUUUUAGUGUUUUGCACUGAUUAAUCCCCCUCCUUGUCUCCACUCUUCAUGGUUGGAUAAGACUAGCAGACGUAUCAGUUCCUCCAGGUUCUUUAAAUGUUCACAAACCACUUUGGAUGAUGUCAUUGUUUCUCCUCCACUUCCAUGUUUGCAGUUUCAUGAAGACGACCAGGAGCACACAAACAUAACUGCAAUUGAACCACGGCUUCAACUCGACAUGCAGGCUUGAUAUUUGCUGUCGAUGAUUCAAAUACUUUAGAUGCGCACAAGAAGCCUGUGGAAUUACUUAAAUGAAUGCUUCAAAAUCAGGCACGACGUCAUGGAUUUUGAAUGGGAUGGAACCGGGUCAAGAGUGUGGGUGUGAAUGAAUAGUAGACCGGCAAUUUUUGGUGGCCUUUUCAGAGAUGAUUUUGCAUACAGGAUGUUUUCAGAUGGCCAUAUUCCAGAUAUGAAUAUAUUGCACAAUUUAUGUACCAAUAAAAUUUGAUAUAGAAUGA